AUGGCUCACCUUCUCCAAACCACAUUUCUUCCUUCCUCUUCUUUCUGUCAAAAAGCCAGACUUUCUUCAUGGGCAACCCACAUUUCCUCUUCAAGAACCCGGACCCGAUCCCUGGUCCAUGCCAAGAUCCGGGAAAUCUUCAUGCCUGCUCUAAGUUCUACUAUGACGGAAGGCAAGAUUGUUUCUUGGAUCAAAUCCGAAGGUGACAAGCUUUCUAAAGGUGAAAGUGUUGUUGUUGUUGAAUCCGAUAAGGCUGACAUGGAUGUGGAGACCUUUUAUGAUGGUUACUUGGCUGCCAUCAUGGUCGAGGAAGGUGGUGUUGCUGCUGUUGGAUCGGCUAUUGCUUUUUUAGCUGAAUCCCAGGAAGAAAUUGAGGAGGCUAAGUCUAAAGCUGCUUCUUCUUCGUCUUCUUCUUCGCCGGCUCCGGCUACAGAAUCAAGCAGUGGUGCUGGGGCUGUUGAGAAGGCAGUUGUGGUGGCUCCACCGUCUCCGUCUGUGGUGGCAUUGGCGGUGCACCCGGCGUCAGAGGGAGGGAAGAGGGUGGUGGCGUCGCCGUAUGCCAAGAAGCUUGCGAAGGAUUUGAAGGUGGAGUUGGGGACAGUGAUAGGGAGUGGGCCUAAUGGGAGAAUUGUUGCCAAGGAUGUCGAGGCUGCUGCGGCGGCUGCUGAAUUGGGUUCAACAGCAGCGAAGGUUUCGGGGGCACCCGCUGUGCUGCCACCGCCCGAGAUUGAGUUGGGAUCGGUGGUGCCUUUUACGACAAUGCAAGGAGCAGUCAGUAGGAAUAUGGUGGAGAGUUUGUCAGUCCCUACAUUUAGAGUUGGGUACACUAUCACUACUGAUGCACUUGAUGCUCUUUACAAGAAGAUCAAGUCAAAGGGAGUGACAAUGACAGCAUUACUUGCAAAGGCUACUGCUCUGGCAUUGGUUAAGCAUCCUGUAAUAAACUCUAGUUGCCGAGAUGGAAAUAGCUUUACAUAUAAUAGUAGCAUCAACAUUGCGGUUGCUGUGGCUAUCGAUGGUGGCUUGAUUACACCAGUGCUUCAAGAUGCUGAUAAGGUUGACAUUUACUCAUUGUCAAGAAAAUGGAAGGAUUUAGUUGAUAAGGCCCGAGCCAAGCAACUGCAACCUCAAGAAUACAAUACAGGUACUUUCACCCUUUCAAACCUGGGAAUGUUUGGUGUUGAUCGAUUUGAUGCCAUUCUGCCCCCUGGAACUGGAGCAAUUAUGGCCGUUGGAGCAUCACAGCCAACUGUUGUAGGUACCAAGGACGGCCGGAUUGGUAUGAAAACCCAGAUGCAGGUAAAUGUUACAGCUGAUCAUCGUGUAAUCUAUGGUGCUGAUCUGGCCGCCUUCUUGCAAACACUAGCAAAGAUUAUUGAGGACCCCAAAGACCUUACCUUCUAA